AUGUCUCUCAACGAAUCUGCCGUUUCGUUAUUAUCAAUCCCCACAAGGUCAUUAGCCGAAAUCCUUCGUAUGGUUCCUAUGCUCUGCAGCAAUGGCAACUUCGUCCUAUGGUCCGAACUUUUCAAGCGUGCCCUUGACAUACAGGAUACGAGAUACUGGUCAAUCAUCAGUAAUGGACCUAAUACCUGCUUCAUGGGCGACGGGACUAUCAGACCCGCUAUUAACUUUGAGCUCCUUGAAGCUAUCAAUAUCAGUGUCGACGUAGAACUACAGGCACUCAUUGCCCAUGCCAAGACCCCUCGCGUUGCCUUCGAACUUUUGAAGGGCUACUUCACCGAAAGAUAUUUCCAUCAAUCUCAUUCUAGGUACAUCUCUUGGAUUAACUGUGUGUACACCCCAUCUAUGGAUCCAAUGCAAUUUAUCCACGAGUGGCGUUCCGCUUUGAGCCAACUGGUCGAGAGUUUGGGAACUGCCAACCUCCCUCUCAAAAUCCAACUCCAUCAGUUCUUUCUUGCUGUCAGUAUGAGGGGCAACCCAGAGGCAGUUGACUGGGUGAAAACCUUUGGAGUUGACUGCACUCGGUCGGGAUCCGAUUCGCUCGAGGAUGCUUGCCAGUCUUUCGUUCGCUUUGAAGUUAGCCGUCUGCAUGCUGUCCCCGAGGAUAAACGUGCUACAGGCGACAUCAACAUGAUCAAGAAUGAGACUUCCCCAACUGUCUACAAACGUCGUGAGGAAUGA